CUCUAUCCCCCACCACCUCUCAAAACCUCUCCUCCUCCGCCGCCCCCGACGGCGGCGCCGCCACCGCCGCCGCUGCCGCCACCCCCAUGAACCUUCUCCUCCUCCUUCUCUCCCCCUGAAGCCUCCCCUGGAGCAGGGGGAUCGGGGAGCCGAAGAGGGGAAACAGAAGCUGCUCGUGUUCGCGCAUUUUUCUUCUUUCAUGCCAGAUUCGUGACUGCCCAUCGAUCGUCUUUGCGAAAUCUCGAUCGCCCACGUCGUGAGAUUUUCUCCCUGGGGACGAAGGACGGGCCCCGCGAGGAGAGUCCGGUCGUCCGCGACAUGCCGCGCCAGAUCGUGCUGCGGCCGCCGUCCGUGAGCCGCCGGGAGCCGCUGCUGAGGGCGAGCAAGUCGACCUCCUCCUCCGCCUCCGCCUCCUCGGGCUCCUCCGCCGGCGGCCGGGGGAGCGUCCGGUUCGCGGAGGUGGCCGGGGGGACGGCGGCGGAGUGCGCGGUGGUGUGCUGCUGCUGCCCCUGCGGGAUCGUGAACCUGAUACUGCUGGCGGUGUACAAGGUGCCCGCCGGGCUGUGCCGCCGCGCGUGGAGGAAGACCCGGCGGAAGAGGCUGAUCAAGAAGGGCCUGCUGUCGCCCAAGGGUCGGAGGCUGACGUGCGGGUGCGAGGAGAAGGAGCUCCAGAUCCACCCCUUCGCGGCGAACGAGGCGGCGCCGGAGAUGAAGACCCCCGCGGCGGCCGCGGCGGACGCGGAGGUGGACAAGCAGGUGGCCAAGCUUGAGAAGGAGAUGUGGGAGAGGUUCUACAGCACCGGCUUCUGGAGGAGCCCUUCUCAGCGAGAGCCCGCGUCGGCUCAGUGCUACUGAGUUCGACCCCGGUUAUAUAUGGAAACGAACCCACAAAAAAUGAGAAAGUUUCGAGCUUGGCAUCGGCGACGGCAAUGGCGGAGCAAUAGUCAGCUGGCGCCCGGAAGUUCAAGAGAUUGCACGAGAGGCAGGGGCCUCCGGACGGUGAUUCUUGGGUCGAUUAGGAACAGAGGAUUUGUCGCGUGUACAUGAUGAAUUGAAUUGAGUGUAUCUGUGUCGGCAGAAUUACUAUAAUUCGAACGAUCAGGAAUUGGCCCUGAUCCUCCUGCACCUCUCUC